AACAACUGUUACGCUCAACAAAACAUGGCGUCUGAAAUGUAACCAUUUGUUAUUAUUUCAUACGUAUGUACGUUUAUGUAAAUGAUUACCUGUAAAAUCAGUGGUGUUCUAGUGUGUCGCUUUGUUAGAAAUAGAAAUCAUUUGUAAAAUUAUAAAGAGCUCAGAACGUUUGAAUUACCAUGAGUGAUGUAAAAGAUAUAUUGGAGAUUGAACAACCAUCAGUAGCGACACCAACGAAAGAGACAAUCGUUGCUGGAGGCCAUAAGAAAAAAACGAAGAAACAUGUUGAAGCUUAUCGUCGACCUGAAGGAAUGCAUAGAGAGCUGUAUGCCUUGCUUUAUAGUGACAGCAGAGGACCUCCAGCUCUUGCACCAACUGAUACAAGCCAAGGAUAUAAACAAGUGAAAGCAAAACUUGGCAGGAAGAACGUCCGUGCUUGGAAGUGGAUGCCGUUCACGAAUCCAGCUAGAUCUGAUGGUGCUGUAUUUUAUCACUGGCGGAGAUCUACAGAAGAAGGAAAGGAUUAUCCCUUCUCUAAAUUUAAUAAGAAAGUAAAUGUUCCAGAAUACACCGAAGAGGAAUACGAGAUGUAUCUUGUUGAUUCGUCGAACUCCGAGUGGAACAAAGAAGAAACGGACUAUUUAUUUGAAAUGUGCAGACGCUUCGAUUUACGAUUUGUCGUUAUUCAUGAUAGAUAUGAUAAAGAAAAAUACAAGGAGAGAAGUAUCGAAGAUUUAAAAGAUCGUUACUACGAUACAGUCACUAGACUUCUGAAGGGCCGCGCGCCACCAGGUGUGGAACCAGAUAAUCUCCCGACUCCUUAUGAUGCAGACCAUGAAAGAACACGCAAGAAACAACUUCUGAAACUAUUUGACAGAACGCCUGAACAGAUUGAAGAAGAAGAAUAUCUUCUUGCUGAAUUGAAGAAAAUCGAAAUCCGCAAAAAAGAAAGAGAGCGAAGACAGCAAGAUUUGCAGAAACUUAUAACAGCCGCGGAGAGCACUACCGAGUCAAGGAACCAAGAGAAAGUACGACCGGCUAAUUUGAAUAAGAAAAAACAGACGAAGAAGAAGGAAGCAGUAGUCGAAAAACCUACCAAGAUCGAGGGGGCUGGUAUCAAGUUUCCAGAGAAUAAAGCAGCCGGCGUUUCCCUUCGUAGUUCACGGCUAAAAAUGCCAAAUUCCGUGGGAACGAAAAAGUCGAAAGCAGUUGAAAUGCUCUUGGAUGAAUUGAAAGUUGAACUUGUUCCAAUGCCAACAGAAGAAAUAUGCAAGAAUUUCAACGAACUAAGGAACGAUAUUAUUCUACUCUACGACUUAAAGCAAGCGUCCACGAAUUGCGAAUUUGAGCUACAAUCCUUGAAACACAGAUAUGAAGCCUUGAUGCCUGGAAAAGAUAUAGCCGAAACUGUCCCGUCAUCCAUAGCAGUCUUAACCGGAAUAACUUCCAACAGUGGUAGUGCCACUCCCCUCAUAGACAACGUCAUCGCUCCUUUAGCUGCUGUCAAUGCGAGAAAACGACGAAAUGUGCCACAGUUUAUGGAACAAAAUCCUCUCAAGAAAAAGAAAACAUGAUUACGCGAAGAAGCUGCCUAACAAACACCAUGAACAGGACAUUAAAACACAAGCUAACAUUUAUUACAUAUAGACCAACGUCAAACGAAUCCGUUCGUACUGUUUAUUCAAUAGCAUCUUUCAAGGAAAUAAAAAGGUGCUUACAUUAUCUACAAAAAAUUAAACUUUGUCAUCUUUGAA